AUUAUGCAAUCAGACAAAACAUUUCAAAGCUGAAUGUAGCUCUCACAAAGUUUCGAGAAUCGAAAGGGAGAAUAACAAUACAUGCCCUCCCCCCCCCCCCCCCGCUGGACCGUAACAAAAAUCUCAUGAAAUCUAUGCGCACGUAAGUGACAGUAUAUGAAAUAUAUGCAACGUGUGGAUAUAUUUUUAUGCUCAAACUAUUGUUUGCAUGAUGCUACUCGACGAGUGCUGUACAUCUAGGCUCGAGACAACCAUCUAAAAAUAUGUAGCAAUGUAUGUAUUGAAGCACCUGCGCCAAGAAAGUUUCCUGGUUCGGUGAUCUCCAUGCCAUGCCCGAACAAUAGCACCAUGGUCGACCACGGAUGCGAUGACGACGGUAGCCAUGAAAUAUUGAUGAGCAGGCCACCAAAUGACAGUGAAGACGAUAAGACUGUUGUUGGUUUAGGAGGGAGAGUUUAUGCAUUGACUGUCCUGACAGUACUUACAAUUACAAGGAGUAUCCAAGAAUACCUCCUCAUCGUCACAAUAUCUGGAAUGGCAGGUGAGUUAAAGUUCGGGAAAACACAAUGUCAGGUGAUCAACGAAACAGGAUCACGUGACUACCUUCGUGAUCUCAACAUGACCGGGGAGGAAUUGUGCUCGGAACGAGGGAGAUGCUCUGAGAACAGCACGUUCUUCUUGCCUGAUGUGUGUGGCAUUCGAUACACAGGACGGGGUACAACCUAUGACGUAUUAGCCGGACCAAUCUAUCUCACCGUUCAGGGUAUUGUCACGGUGCCACUCAUAGGCUUGGUUCAAGGCUUUUCCAUGAGCCAGCCCAUAUCAAUUUCGAUGUUUACUAUGCUUUCCACACUCUUCAUCCUGCUGACAGCCUUCGUCGACGACUACUGGGCAGUGGUCUUACUCCGGUUUCUUUUUGGCAUAUUCUCUGGUCCCAUCGGUCCGCUUAAAUUGGCUUACCUCACGCGAAUAUUCCCGAAGGAAGUUCACACCAUCGUCUUGGGGUUGGCAACCUACGGCGUAACCUUGGGUUACGGUGCCUCUUACCUAUUCGCCUAUGUGACAGAAAGCAUCGGCUGGAGAUUGUGUUAUACAACCACUGGAUCAGCAGGCCUAGUCCUAGCCAUACUCUGCUUUUUUAUGGCUGAUCCAAAAAGACCAGACUCCCAUGGCAAGAAACAAUACGUUAAAUCGUCGUUUCGGUGGCAUCACUCCAGUUUACGUCAAAUAGCAUGGCCGUGCCUGAUAUGCAUACUCCUGGCCAGCAUCGGACGUUUGUCAGCAACUCGCAUCAGCUCAUACAAUCUCCCGGUCUACGUGACAGAAUACUUUCCAGAAUCGAAUUCCGCUGCUGCGAUAGGUUUAAUCACCAUUGUCUUAGGCGCGGCUGCCACCAUCAUUGGAGGCUGGACGGGCGAUCGAAUGCGGAAAGUUUUUGGUUUACGUGCGAGGCUUGGCUUCUGUCUUUUUAUGCAGGUCGUCAUGGUGACGUUUUGGGCGGCGAUGUACCAAUUUUCCUUUAUAGCUCUGCUGAUACUACUAAGUCUCACUCUAUUCGUUGGUGAUUGGAUUUCAAUCCUCAUUCUGGCUAUCGUCUCCGAUCUGACACCAGUCGACUCCAAGGCCCUCAUCUUCGCCAUCAACUCCUUCCUGAGCCAUUCUUUAGUCGGACCUGUUAAUUUGGUCGUUACCCCAGUCGCCACAGCGACGGGUCUUCGAACAGCACUCACACUACUGAUUGGCUUGUUUGCAGGUUCCAGCGUCUUCUUUUUCUUCCUCCCCUUGGCAUGUUCACUUGUCCCAGAGACAACACAGAGACAUCAUGGGGCAGAGCGAGUCGAAGAACAAACAGAAGUCAUAGUCAGGAGGAUGGACGAAACAACUCCUCUAUUAUGACCGAGAUUAAAGGGUCGUGAUAAUACUUAAAAAAGCUAUUGAAUUAGUGUGACAAUCAUUAAACAAAUUAUUUCCCCAGGGGCACGUUGCAGAAAGAGUUGCAAUCAAACACAUCUCUAAAAAUCAAGCGCAACUUCAUUUUCAACCAAUCAACAGCGCGCAUUUUGGACUUGCGAUUGAUUUUUUGACUUGCGUUUAAACGCAACUCUUUCUGCAACGGGCCCCUGCUCUUUCUGUGCGGUUUUUUGGUAUUAUAUAAUCUGUACAAUGUUUAUGUUCAAUAUAACUUCUUAACUUUGUAUCAUAGGGGGGAAUUAAUAUUUUCUGCUCGGAGAAUGUAUCUUAGUUUGGUUCAUACAAAUUCCAUCUAAAACCAUUCGCAAUUUAUGGGUGCAUUGUGUUACGGUACAUUCAUUCCAUUUUUAUUUCAUUUAUUCAUUCUUUAACUCAAUUUCAUUGAUAUUCAUUUGGCAUUUAUUCAGUCGUGAACAUGUUUUUUUAAUAUCUAUUCGUGUUUUCUAUAAUUUCAAUUUGUAUUUGUUUGGCAUAAUUGAGAAAUAUACCUUCUUGUUUGGGUUCCUGUGUUAAGUUUUGGUUAUAAUUCGAAAUAUGCUUCAAAUAAAAAAUACUCGUUGAUCGUGAAAAAGCGC